UGGCAGCCGUGCGCCGCAGCGCUCUGCAGCAGUGCCGGAGACAUCCGUGACACGAGAGUCUACAGUAAACACAGGGAGCCGCUGCCCAGAGAAACCAGCUGCUGAGCGACAAGCCGAGCUAAAAACGCACAGCUUUGUUGUUCUAGUGAUGUCCUUGUCCCACGUGGCCUAGUGGGACUGUAGCUGCCCCUUCCCCUUAUCCUGUCGCUGUUCCCCCCUGAAGACCUCCACCAACUCCACCUCCUUCCUCGUCCUCCACCUCCUCUUCCUCCCUCCAGCCGCCCCCUGUGAUGCCUCCCUUGUGCUGUGGCUACCUGUCACAGUACACCAAUCAUCACCUGGUUGCCUUCCUCCUCACCUUCUUUAGCUAUGUGUUGCUGCAUGCAUCACGGAAGACAUUCAGCAAUGUGAAAGUGAGCAUCUCGGCCCAGUGGACGCCGUCCACCCAGAUUGUCAAUGGGUCAACUUUCUCCCCUGGCGAGACAUGGGAGGACAAUCAUCUGUUUGCAGAUGAAAAGCAGGCCACUCUCUUCCUGGGAGCUCUGGACUCCAUCUUUCUCUUUUCAUACGCUGUGGGUCUGUAUUUGAGCGGUGUGAUCGGAGACAGAGUAAACCUGCGCUAUGUUCUCUGCUUCGGCCUGUGUGGCUCUGCUGCAGUGGGGUUUGUGUUCGGCACUCUGACAGAGUGGCUUCACAUCUACAACGUCUACCUGUACUGUGGCCUGUGGAUCCUGAACGGGCUGCUGCAGUCCGCCGUCUGGCCGUGUGUGGUGGCCGUCAUGGGCAACUGGUUCGGCAAGACGGGGCGAGGCUUUGUGUUUGGUCUGUGGAGUGCUUGUGCCUCUGUAGGCAACAUCCUGGGGGCUUUCUUAGCUUCUAGUGUGCUCAAGUAUGGAUACGAGUAUGCCUUCCUGGUGACAUCAGUGGUGCAGUUUGCUGGCGGGGUGAUUGUGUUCUUCGGCCUACUGACCUCCCCAAAAGAAGUCGGUUUAUGUAUGGAAUCCGAGACUGGCCUCAGCCCGGUAGAGACAGACACUGACAGCCACAAGCCUCUGAUGAGCGACGAGGAGGAUGAGGUGGAGGUCUAUGGCGCACGACACCAGCCGUCUCAGCAGCUUGAUGAGCCCGAAGAAGAGUCCCUUCCAGCUGUUGGCUUCUUCCAGGCCUUCUGUCUACCUGGAGUUUUACCUUAUUCGUUGUCUUAUGCGUGUCUGAAGCUGGUCAACUACUCCUUCUUCUUCUGGCUCCCUUUCUACCUGAGUAGCAAUUUCGGCUGGAAGGAGGCCGAGGCUGACCGCUUGUCUGUGUGGUACGAUGUCGGAGGAAUCAUCGGAGGAACAGUUCAGGGUCUGAUCUCUGACUGCAUGGGAAAGAGAGCCCCGGUGUUGGCGUUGAGUCUGGCAGUGGCGAUGGGAGCCCUGGUGGGAUACAGCCGUUCACCUAACGACCAGGUGAUAAAUGCCACACUGUUGGCCUUAACCGGCUUCUUCAUUGGCGGCCCAUCCAACAUCAUCAGCUCGGCCAUUUCUGCUGACCUGGGGAGACAGGAGGCUCUGAGGGGCAGUCAGCAGGCUCUGGCUACUGUUACUGGUAUAGUGGAUGGAACUGGAAGUAUGGGAGCUGCAGGGGGACAGUACCUGGUGUCCCUGAUCGAGAGCAAGCUGGGCUGGAUGUAUGUGUUUUACUUCUUCGUCGUCAUGACAGGGGGCAGCAUUGUGUUCAUCACUCCCUUGCUCCUCAACGAACUGCGCGCCAUGUGGAGGGACAGACGAGCGCUGCAACACCAGCUGUGAAACAUCAGUGUCUUCCGUCCGCAACGUUUCGACCAUUGGCGCCGACGGCCUGCUCAGAAACGGUUCUGUUUAGGUGAGUUGUGGGAUGUGAUAAGAUUUGGUGGAUGAAGUUUCUCAGUGGUGAACGUGACUGAGACUCACACCCACAACCACCAGCACACCGCGUAUGUGUGUGCACGUGUGUGUGUGUGUGUGUUUGUGCAAAUAUGAGUUUGAGCAGGCCUAGCGUCUUUGAGCACAACACUUGGUUUUUUCCACUCUGUAGAUAACAAAAAUGUAAAUGUACUAAGUGUCCAGCUGAGCCAAGCUUUAAAAGGGAACUCACCGUCUGUGGUUCCAGGCUUUGCUGAGCCAUCACAGAAUGUGCUUGUGUAUAUAUUUAAUGGUUGAAAUGGAUUUAAAUAUUUAUAAUGUACAUGCGAUGAAGUCAUUUGAAUUUUAAACCACAAGUUCUUAAUUUAAAAACGAGACCCUUCAAGACAAGUUUAGGGUCGGUACGGCUAAAAGAAUGUGAAUAAUAUUUGUAAUGUAGACAUUUAUUGUCAGAUUUUGUAGAUAUGUAUGAUAUUUAGUUUUUAGUUGAAACAAUGAAGAUUGCACUCUCAAGAUUCUCACGGAGACGAGAUGGAGUCCUAAAGGUUUUAGUGAACCACUUUUAUCUGGGUUUUUAGAAAUGUUCACCACAGAUAUUUGAUUUCUCCUGUGUACAGUUUUGUUUUAUUGGGGUAAAUAAGGAUACUGUCAAGAUUGGUCACGACGGGGACUGGUUCUCUUUAAAAUGUCACUUGUUUCUGUUACUAUUUUGAUGUAUCAUAAUAAAUCAUUUUAAACUCGCUGGUCAAUAUUUCUCACACACGCACACACACAGUAACAGAUUCUACUCUGCACUCAAUCUACCAUGUUUUUCUUAAAGGGAUAGGUCACCUAUAAAUGAAAAUGUCCCUCAUUUUUUCCAGAGGUACUGCUCCAUUUCUUCUGAUUUUACAACAGCAGUUGCUUGAUCAUUUACAUGUGGAUGUUUAUCUUCAUUACUUGGAUACUUCUGACUCACUGGAAGGAUGAUUCCUUUAUUCAAAGCAGUAAAAGAGACCAACAUUUUCCAACCACUAUGGUCAUUAGACAUAACAGGUAGUUUGCACCUAUGCGUGCCGUGCAUAUACAUGGAUCAUCAUCUCAACUGUUUUUAAGAGUGACAAGAGGAUGUAAUAUAAUCUGAUAUAAGUUACUGAUGCCAAACCUUCUAAAUGCUCUUAAUGCAAAGGAGCAGAAAAUGAGACUUGAACCUCUAGUGUCUCUGAACUUUAAAUGUCAUGGAAUGUACCUUUUAAAUGUGUCUGUGGUGUAUAUUUUUGUUUGUUGACUUUUCAAGUUUAAACCAAUGUAAAUGCAACGGUUGUAAAUAAACGCAAAUUACAUUUUUUGCAA